UAAUUUAUAUCGCGAUUUAUAAACAAGACGUGUGAAAUUAAAAUUUUCUAUUAAAAAUUCCUCAUUUACGUGUAUAUAUAAUUUGCCAUUACAUAGAAAACUAUUAAGUGAUCAAUUUCAAUUUUAUUGUAAUUGAAUAUAAGUGAUCGCAGUCUGAAAAGAUUCAUAGAAAAAAUGGAAUCUCGUACAGAAUUUAAAAUAAAAAAUGCUCCAACGGAUGCAAUUUCAGCUGUAGAAUUUGGUCCAAAUUCUACACAAUUUCUCCUUGUUUCAUCAUGGGACAGUACUGUUCGAUUGUAUGAUAUUCAUGCAAAUUCCCUUAGAGUUAAAUAUAAUCACGAUUUACCUGUUCUGGAUGUUGCAUUUCAGGAUGCAGUACACGCUUAUAGUGGCGGAUUAGGAAACACUUUAAAAAUGUACGAUAUUAAUACAAAUACAGAAUCUGUAAUGGGAGCACACGAAAAACCCAUUAGAAAAGUGGAAUACUGUGGAGCAGUAAAUGCAAUAUUAACUGGUGGCUGGGAUGCUGCUGUAAAACUUUGGGAUCCAAGAAGUCCUACGUGUGUAGGAAGUUAUCUUCAACCUGAUGUAGUUUUAGCUUUAUCAGUUUGUGGUGAUAAAUUUGUUGUUGGCACAGCUAAACGAAAAGUGUGUAUAUGGGAUUUGAGAAAUAUGGCCGGGAUGUUUCAACGUCGCGAAAGUAGUUUAAAAUAUCAAACAAGAUGUAUCAAGGGAUUCCCCAAUGAACAGGGUUAUGUUCUAAGUAGUAUAGAGGGUAGAGUUGCUGUCGAAUAUUUAGAUACAACUCAAGAGGCACAAAAGAAGAAAUAUGCCUUUAAAUGCCACAGGAUAAAAGAGAAUAAUGUGGAAAAUAUUUAUCCUGUCAACGCCAUUAGUUUUCAUUCUGUGUAUAAUACAUUUGCAACUGGUGGAUCCGAUGGAUACGUGAAUAUUUGGGAUGGUUUUAAUAAAAAACGAUUAUGUCAAUUCCAUAGAUAUAAUGCAGGAGUUGCCGCUCUUAGUUUCAGUCAAGAUGGAACGGUCCUUGCAAUUGGUGUUUCAUAUUUAAAUGAAGCUGAAAUUCCACCAGGUGGUUCGGAUGAACAAGAAAUUUAUAUAAGAUACGUCAACGAUCAGGAAACAAAGCCAAAGUGAAACAAAAAAAAAAAGUGUGAAAACUCGAAAUUAUUUAUUUAUUAUUCUUAUUUCAUUAAUGGAAAUUAUUUUCAAUUUUUCUACAAAUUUUUAUGACCAAUUUAAAUUUAUUAAUCAUAAAGUUCUGGAUCAUAGGUAUUUUUUUUUUGUAAAUGAGAAAUUGAUUUUAAUUAACAUAAAAAUCGUGAUUUACUUUUGAUUUUAAUUGAAUCUGCGUUAUAGGUCGCCUGGAAUGUAAAAAAAGGUUCUUUUUUUCCUUUGGACCAAUCAGAGUUUAUUCAUAUCUCGGAAUCCGACAAUGGUAUAAUAACAUAUACCAAUAUUUUGAGUGUCUAUUUUUGUGGAAUCGUUCAUAUUUUUUUUUCCUCAAUGAAUUAUUACUCGCAGACUUUUUUUUAUAAUAAUAAAAAUGAAUUUUUUAUAGAAAAAAAUUUUUUCAUCUUUAUUAUUUUGUCAAUAGUAAUUUUAGCGAAUAAAAUGAAAAAUAGUUUAUAUUUAUUAAAAAGCAA